UUAUCACCAGGUGGGACCUUAUGUGGCCGAAGACAGAACUUUUACUCCGAGCGCUCUAAUUUUAGUAUCCUUGUACUAUCUUAGUUAUACUAUCUAGAAUAGGACCUACUUCGUUCCCAUCGUUCCUAAUGCUUUACCUUUCUGUUCAAGUGUCUCCUAAACUUCUUAGCUCAUACUUCUACUAUCCCAAUUUUCAUUACUUUGACUGCAGUACGUCCAACCACUCCAACACAAUUAGGGUCUUCCAACACAAACAACACCAAACAGGGAAAAAGUGAAAAUGUCCUCUCGCUGCACUCGUCUCAGUCCCGUAUGAGGAUUCUUUUCAUCUCAUGCAAAAAAGAUUAUUGACUAUCUAAGGUUCUACAACUUAUUUUCCAUUCAUCCUCACAGAACUUCGGCAUGGUCAGCUCUCCACGGAGAACAACACAGUGUAGAAGCUGCUUACAAGGUGAAACAGAGAUGAGUUGAUGACAAACGAGACACUACCCAUCGAGGCCUAAGAAAUAUGGAGACCAGAUUGAUGAAC